GGCACAGGAAGUCUCAUCCUCCCCUCACUUCCGGUCUCUGGCCCGGGCUUGUGCUGCGUGGAGAAGGUUUGGAAAUGCCGACCGGAGAUUUUGAUUCGAAGCCCAGUUGGGCCGACCAGGUGGAGGAGGAGGGUGAGGACGACAAAUGUGUCACCAGCGAGCUCCUCAAGGGGAUUCCUCUGGCCACUGGCGACACCAGCCCAGAACCUGAGUUACUCCCGGGAGCUCCACUACCGCCCCCCAAGGAGGUCAUCAAUGGAAACAUCAAGACAGUGACAGAGUACAAGAUAGAUGAGGAUGGCAAGAAGUUCAAGAUUGUCCGUACCUUCAGAAUUGAGACGCGGAAGGCCUCAAAGGCUGUCGCAAGGAGGAAGAACUGGAAGAAGUUUGGGAACUCAGAGUUUGACCCACCAGGGCCCAACGUGGCCACUACCACGGUCAGCGAUGAUGUGUCCAUGACGUUCAUCACUAGCAAAGAGGAUUUGAACUGCCAGGAAGAGGAGGACCCGAUGAACAAGCUCAAGGGCCAGAAGAUCGUGUCCUGCCGCAUCUGCAAGGGCGACCACUGGACUACCCGCUGCCCCUACAAGGACACGCUGGGGCCCAUGCAGAAGGAGUUGGCGGAGCAGCUGGGCCUGUCCACGGGCGAGAAGGAGAAGCUGCCCGGAGAGCUGGAGCCUGUGCAGGCCGCCCAGAACAAGACGGGCAAGUACGUGCCACCGAGCUUGCGGGACGGGGCCAGCCGCCGUGGGGAGUCCAUGCAGCCCAACCGCAGAGCCGACGACAACGCCACUAUCCGUGUCACCAACCUGUCGGAGGACACUCGUGAAACUGACCUGCAGGAGCUCUUCCGGCCCUUUGGCUCCAUCUCGCGCAUCUAUUUGGCGAAGGAUAAGACCACUGGCCAGUCCAAGGGCUUUGCCUUCAUCAGCUUCCACCGGCGGGAGGAUGCCGCCCGCGCCAUUGCUGGGGUGUCCGGCUUUGGAUACGACCACCUCAUCCUCAACGUUGAGUGGGCCAAGCCAUCAACCAACUAAGCCAGUUGCCACCUUUGCUGCUCGGCCCCGGCCACAGGACCCCGUGGCCAUAGAAGGUAGCCCCCGAGUGGAGGGGCCUCUCGGCAAUAAAAAGGCUCCAGUUGUCA